UGGCCCUGGGCAGCCUCGGGCUUCGCAGCGGAAAAAGGCUUGCGUCGUCGGUCCGCACCUGUGCUGGGUACCGUCCCGACACCACGAAGAUGGCACCCGUCGGGGGGAAAAAGGCCAAGAGGGGCAUUCUGGAACGUUUAAAUGCUGGAGAGGUUGUGAUUGGAGACGGAGGGUUUGUCUUUGCUCUGGAGAAGAGGGGCUAUGUGAAGGCAGGACCCUGGACCCCAGAAGCUGCCGUGGAGCACCCAGAAGCAGUUCGCCAGCUUCAUCGAGAGUUCCUCAGGGCUGGGUCGAAUGUCAUGCAGACCUUCACGUUUUAUGCCAGUGAGGACAAGCUGGAGAACAGGGGCAACUACGUUGCAGAGAAGUUCUCAGGGCAAAAAGUCAAUGAAGCUGCUUGUGACAUUGCCCGGCAAGUGGCCGACGAGGGAGACGCUUUGGUAGCAGGAGGCGUGAGUCAGACACCUUCAUACCUUAGUUGCAAGAGCGAAGCUGAAGUUAAACGAAUAUUUCAGCAACAGUUAGAGGUCUUUAUGAAGAAGAAUGUGGACUUCCUGAUUGCGGAGUACUUUGAACACGUCGAAGAAGCUGUGUGGGCAGUCGAAGCCUUGAAAGCAUCUGGUAAGCCCGUGGCAGCGACCAUGUGCAUCGGCCCAGAGGGAGAUCUGCACGGCGUGCCUCCCGGCGAGUGCGCCGUGCGCCUGGUGAAAGCAGGAGCCUCCAUCGUUGGCGUGAACUGCCACUUCGACCCCACCAUCAGUUUACAAACAGUGAAGCUCAUGAAAGAGGGCUUGGCGGCUGCCCGACUGAAAGCCCACCUGAUGAGCCAGCCCUUGGCCUACCACACUCCUGACUGCAACAAACAGGGAUUCAUUGAUCUCCCGGAAUUCCCCUUUGGACUGGAACCCAGAGUGGCCACCAGAUGGGAUAUUCAAAAGUACGCCAGAGAGGCCUACAACCUGGGGGUCAGGUACAUUGGCGGGUGCUGCGGAUUCGAGCCCUACCACAUCAGGGCAAUUGCAGAGGAGCUGGCCCCAGAGAGGGGAUUUUUGCCCCCAGCUUCAGAGAAACACGGCAGCUGGGGAAGUGGCUUGGACAUGCACACCAAGCCCUGGAUCAGAGCGAGGGCCAGGAAGGAAUACUGGGAGAACCUUCGGAUUGCCUCAGGGAGGCCCUACAACCCUUCCCUGUCGAAGCCAGAUGCCUGGGGUGUGACCAAAGGGGCAACUGAGCUGAUGCAGCAGAAGGAAGCCACGACUGAGCAGCAGCUGAAAGAGCUCUUUGAGAAACAGAAAUUCAAAUCUGCACAGUAGCCGUAGUGGCACAUCUUUCUGUGAAUCCUGCUGUCUGGGCCCAGUUCCUACAAAUAAGGACACAAUGGGUAGAACAGCAAUGCUCGUAUUCAUGCCAGUCCUCACAUACAACUGGCAGUAGCUAAAUGAAGUAGAUAGCACUGGACAAUUUUGAAAGUAUGUUUUAGACGUUUACUUUAGAAAGAAAAUAAGUACAGGGCAAACCCUAAACAGGUUUACUGAGCCCCCACCACGCUCAGGUUUUAUGGAAAUCACUGCAACAAAGACAAGCAAUCCAGACAUUAGUCCCACUUCAAGUCGGUAGGCUAGCAAGGAGGGCCAGCCCUGAGCUGUCAGCAAGGACUCUGCACCUGGCCAGGGGCUUUGAAGUGCUGCCAAGCAGCUCCCAAGCUCCUUUGAACAGAGACACAAUGUAGAUCAUUCUGAUUCAG